GGAACUGCUUCUACUACUCUUUGGAUUCAACGGACGCAUUUCAUAGACGGACAACUACAAGCAACAUAUGCGCAUUUAUUUUGUUAAACCUCCGCUUGUAAUCGGUUUAAUCGGUGGUUGUUGUUUUUUUUUUUUAAAGCAACAAAAAGCUGAAUUGGAAGGUGAUAAUGAUGAGGAAGGAUGAAUCUACAGAAGCGCCAGAGCGGUUUGAAUAUUUACAAUCACUAGUCACUGAAUUUCAGAACACCGACAGUGAAGAGGCAAAAGAGCAAGUUCUGGCCAACCUCGCCAACUUCGCAUAUGACCCAAAGAACAUGGAGUAUCUGCGGGAGCUGCAGGUGCCUGACCUCUUCUUGGAUAUGCUAACCGAGGAGAACGAGAACUUUAUAGAGUUUGGCAUGGGCGGGCUGUGUAACCUCAGCAUGGAUCCUGAAUGUAGAGACGUCAUCCUGCAGAGCGGCGCCAUCAGCCUGGUUACAAACUGCCUGUCCAACAGGCGGGAAGAGACCGUCCUGUCGGCCAUCACCACCCUCAUGAACCUCGCCACGCCCACAACUCGUUCCCAGAUCUCAGAGCCGGGAAUCCUGCAGUGCAUGCUGCGCUUCUCGCUCGCAGAGAGCCCGCGUCUGCGCAACCUGGCGACUGUGUUCCUGCAGGACUGCUGCAGCGAGGAGCAGGUGAGGCAGGCUCAGCAGCACAUGCAGGGAUGCCAGACUGCAGUUGGGAUCCCGCUGCCCAAAGAAUGAGGACUCAAUGUGACUCUUUGUGCCUAAAACAAGCCUCAGCAUUUUCUCUCAAAAGCCCUCUGUGAGACACUGCAGACUGGAGUUUGCUUUUUUAGCCCCAUUAAUGCAGUCUGGACGCAACUCUGUGGGACUCUGGAUGAGGGUGAGGUCAGGUUUUGUCGCCUGGCCACUCUAGGUCUUUCACACCCAAGUGUAAAAAAACCUUGGAAAGAGACGGUGUUUGUGUGCAGGGUGGAGCAGGAAGAAGACAAAAACAGCUUCCACAAAAUUGUAGAUGUAAAAUGACUGUUGGUUUGUCCACGUGCAGUUUUACAGAUUCUUCAGUCUGUAAGUGGGAAAACAAAUCAACCAGAGAGGUUAAGGAAUCAUCUACGGAAAGCAAACAUGUAUAUUAAAGACAAAAAUCUGAAAAAAGUCCCAUGAUAAGCAGAUCAAAUAGUGAAACAAAUACAACUUUGCUUUGCUCAUUAAAAUGAUCUAAACGAAGAGUUUAUUGGGAUUUAACCAAACCAGGACAGGUCAGAUCCUUCAUGUGCUGAUGCAAUUUGGUUGAGCUUCUGUAGGAUUCAAAACUAUAUCUGUAAUAAAAGAACCUGAUA